AGGACUAUUUUGUAAAUCCACCCCGAAAUUAUUAAUUUGUAGCUACGCUCUUUCGUUUCUCAGAGUUUCUUCUUCUUUUGGCGCAGAACUGAUGAACAGAGCAAUGGAGCUCCAAACCAGCAACAAUGACGGCGAGAUUUUGGAUUCAGAUGUCAAAACUGAGCUUCAAGAACCUAAUAAUGGUGGGCCUCACGGUGUUCAUGAGCCUCUAUCCGUCUUUGAAGACGUUGAUAGCGCAUGUUCUACUCCUUAUGUUAGUGCUCCUUCGAGCCCUGGCCGUAGCCCCGUCGGGGGAUUUUAUUACAGCGCUCCCGCUAGUCCAAUGCAUUUUGCCAUAACUAAGUCCUCAAACUCUUCUGCUCAGUUGUCGUCGUCUUCGUUGAAGGAUGGGCAUUCGUGUUCGUUCGAGUUUGAGUUCUCCGGGAGGUUUGGGUCUAAUGGCUCGGGUUCAGUCGGUUCCAUGAGCUCGGCGGAUGAGUUGUUUUUGAACGGGAAGAUCCGACCGAUGAAGCUCUCGACUCACUUGGAGCAGCCGCAGGUUUUGGCGCCAUUGCUGGAUCUGGAAGGAGAAGAUGAAGACGAUGAAGGGGGCGAAAUCGUAGGGUAUGUAAGAGGGAGAGAUCUGCGGCUUCGAGAUAAAUCUCUCCGGCGGAGAACCAGAUCUAUGUCGCCGUUGAGAAAUACGCCGGCGGAAUGGACGGAAAAUGACGAUGAAGAUUUGAAUGCAGAGGGGUUUCUCGAGAACGAUUCAGGAGAAGGGAAAACGAUGGAGAAGAACGAAGAAGAGGGGUUUAUGAGUUCAGAAACCACCACUCCUUCAGUUUCGGCUUCGUCGUCAAGAUCUUCAUCAGCCGGAAGGAAUUCGAAGCGAUGGAUUUUUUUGAAGGAUUUUCUAUACAGAAGCAAAAGUGAAGGAAGAAGUAGUAAUCAUAAAUUCUGGUCCAACAUUUCAUUUUCUUCUGCAAAAGAGAAGAAACCAACAACAAAUCAAGCAACAUCCACUUCCACUUCCACUUCAUCUUCAACAAAGCAAAAGGCUACAAAACCAUCCGCUCAGAAGGUGAAGGGGGGAAGUGGGCAAGUUCCGGCGAAGAAGCCUACGGCCGGAAAACCGACGAACGGCGUCGGAAAACGGAGGAUUCCGCCGUCGCCUCACGAGCUGCACUACACGAAAAACAGAGCACAAGCAGAGGAGCUGAGGAAGAAGACAUUCUUGCCUUACAGACAAGGCUUGCUUGGCUGCUUGGGGUUCAGCUCAAAGGGCUAUGGAGCUAUGAAUGGCUUUGCAAGGGCCUUGAACUCUGUCUCUUCCAGGUAAUAAAAUAAGAUCAAUAAGAUAUAGCUAGCCUGUUCCAUUUCAAAGAAAAUUGUAUAGCAAUUUUUCCUUUUCCUUUUCAUGAAACUUGCUCUAUGCUAAGAUGAUGAUUAUAUUAAUGCAUUCUUGUUAUUCAUUUCAUCAUUUUUUGUUCAUCCAGAAGAGCUAAGCUUCUGAGAUCCAAUCUCAAAGGGGUCUUUGUAGAAUCUAGAAAUUAAUUGGGUGUUUCCUUUUGAACCCCACAGUAUGGCUGUUGUGCUAAGUUACUGUUCCUCUCAGCACAGUAAUAUAUACCCUUUCUUCUGUCACACUGUUUCAGUCAGCUUAGCUUAUAAUCUAUCUCUUCAGAUGAGCUUUAGCUUGUGAAAGUUUAUGAUUAUGGAAGUAAGAACAACAUCAGCUGCGCUUACAUUACAGCUUUUAAGCUAAUUUUUCUUUGUAGCCUUUUUCUCUGAUGUUUGAACACUUUUUUCUAAGCUAUGAGGGAAUAAUUCGUAAAGAAAUCCAUGACUUUGGAAACGUUUUUAGUUGUUCUAAUCUCUAAGACAGUUCAGAUCAACUGUUAAGUGCGGUGUUCUCAUAAUUUAGAAUGCUUGUUAUUUUUCCUCUAAUAACUUGGGUAGCGACGAAUACACUCCUUGCCCACCCCUACUGAUCUUUAUAGAGGUUCCACCCACCCUAAUGCCAGAUCCGAGAGACAACAAGGAUUUUUGAUUCGUAAAGAUUUCAUUCAAGGUCUUGGACUUUAGAGAAGAUUUCCAAAUAUCUAAGUCCUUACCUCCAUGGCCAUCAUUGGGUAAGAAGCCAGUUCUAAAAACAACUUGCAUGCUACCUUUUCCACUUUUAAGUGCAUCCAAG